AUGGACAACCAACGCACACAGGUCCAAGGCGGCCUUGACGAUACUCGCAUGGACCACGCGCAGCCACGUCUGGAUUCCGCCGCGGCCGCCGCAGACUCGGCCGUGUACCCGUACCAACGGCCUGCGGCGGCUCGCACGCUGGUGGACAUUCUCGGCGCCUCCGUCUCGGCGCACGCGGACGCCGUUGCUCUCGACAAUGGCACCUCACGGCUGAGCUAUCGAGAGCUGUCGCGGCACGUCGACGCGCGGGUGAAGCAGCUGAGGGACGCGGGCAUCGGGGUCGGCGACAGGGUCGGGGUCCGCGUGAGCUCCGGCUCGAUGGAGCUCUACGUCGGCAUCCUCGCGGUCCUCGCGGCCGGCGCUGCCUACGUCCCCGUCUACGUGGACGAUCCCGACGAGCGCGCGCGACUCGUGUGGACCGAGGCCGGCGUGAGCGCCGUGUUGACGGACGACGCCACGCUUACACGGCACAGGGCGCCAGUUGGCAGUCGACUGCAGCAGCGUCCCGAUCUGGAAGACGACGCCUGGAUCAUCUUCACCUCGGGCUCGACAGGGAAGCCAAAGGGCGUGGCGGUCAGCCACCGCAGCGCGGCAGCCUUUGUCGACGCCGAGGCGCUGCUGUUCCUGCCAGACCGGCCGCUGGGCCCCGGGGAUCGCGUGCUGGCCGGUCUCUCGGUGGCUUUUGACGCUUCAUGCGAGGAGAUGUGGCUUGCAUGGCGGCACGGCGCCUGCCUGGUGCCGGCGCCGCGGUCCCUGGUCAAGGCGGGCGCCGACCUGGGCAAGUUCCUCUCCGCGCAGCGCAUAUCGGUCGUGUCCACCGUGCCGACCUUGGCCGCGCUGUGGCCGGCCGAGGCCCUGCGGGGGCUCCGCCUCCUCAUCCUCGGGGGGGAGGCCUGCCCGGGGGAGCUGGCCACGCGGCUUGCCAGCACCGUCGGGUCGGUGUGGAACACGUACGGUCCCACCGAGGCGACCGUCGUGUCGUGCGCCGCGCCGCUCGUGCCCGGGGAGCCGGUGCGCAUCGGGCUGCCGCUCGCGGGCUGGAAGCUGGCCGUCGUCGGGCCCGACGGCGAGCCCGUGGCCUGGGGCGAGGAGGGCGAGCUCGUCAUCGGCGGCGUCGGCAUGGCGCGAUACCUCGACCUCGACAAGGACAGGGCCAAGUUUGCGCCGGCGCCCGUGUUUGGCGGCGAGCGGGCCUACCGCAGCGGCGACCUGGUCCGCGCCGAGCCCGACGGGCUCUCCUUUGUCGGCCGCAACGACGAGCAGAUCAAGCUGGGGGGGCGGCGCAUCGAGCUGGGCGAGAUUGACGCGGCGCUGCUGACGCUGCCCGACGUCUGCGCCGCCGCCAGCGCGAUCCAGCGCAGCGAACUGGGCGCCCAAGUCCUCGUGGGAUACGUCGUCUGCGGCAACAACAAGCGGGCGCCCGGCGCGGCCGACCGGGAGGCUCUCCGGCGGCUUCUGCCCGCGACCCUCGUGCCCAUGCUCGUCGCCGUCGACGACCUCCCGAUCCGCACCUCGGGCAAGGUGGAUCGGAAGGCACUGCCCUGGCCGCCGCCGCCGCCUCCGGCCCCGGCCGCGGCUUCGGCCCGGGCCCCACAAAACUCCGCGGGCGACUUCCACGUGGACAAAGUCGAGGCCGACGGCACCACGGCAUGGGUCGCCGAGCAGUGGCGGCGCGUGCUCGGAAUGCCGCCCUCGCUCGACUCCAACUUUUUCGACCUCGGCGGGACGAGCCUGGGCGCCGCGCAGCUCGUCUCGCAGCUGCGCCAGCGCUGCCCCACGCUCUCGGUUGCCGACGUCUACGAGAAGCCCGAGCUGGCCGCCAUGGCCGCGCGCGUCGACGACCUCAUGGGCACCAAGCACAUUGACCGCGAGGUGGUGCCCACGCCGCGCUGGCUCAUGGUCAUCCAGGCCGCCAUCAUCUUCCUCGAGAUGACGUUCCAGGGCGUCCGGUGGCUGACCGGCCUGGCCUUUGUCAAGAAGAUCUUUGUCGUCCGCCUGGGGCCGGGCACCUGGGCCGGCGCGUACGCGCUGCCGUGGUGGACGCUCGCCGUCAUCUGGGCCGUCUUCCUCACGGGGCCCGGGAGGAUGCUCACGACCGCCGCGGUGGCGAGGAUGCUCUGCUUCGGCAUCGCCCCGGGCACCUAUCGCCGCGGCGGGCUGCGGCACAUCCGGCUCUGGGCCGCCGAGCGCUUCGUGGGACUCGGCGGCAUCGGAUCCAUCGCCGGCACGCCCUGGUGCAGGUACUACGCCCGGCUGCUGGGCUGCCGCGUGGCGUCCAACGUGCAGCUUCACGCGCUGCCCCCCACGACCGGCCUGGCCAGCUUCGGCGCCGGGUGUGCCGUGGAGCCGGAGGCUGAUAUCGCCGGGUGGUGGCUCGACGGCGACAAGCUGCACAUUGGCGCCGUCACCAUCGGGGAGGGAGCCCGGGUCGGCGCCCGCAGCACGCUCAUGCCCGACACGAUCCUCGAACCGUUUGCCAGUGUCCAGCCCGGACUCAGCGUCCGCGGCAUCGUCCGCGCCGCCGACGCUCCUCUGGCCUCCAAGGAAAGGGAAAACACGCUGGAUGCCGGUGACGGCGCGGCGAGGACGCGAGAGAGCUUCGGCAUAUGGCUUCUGUACACGGGCACGCUGCUGAUGCUGGACUUUCUCUCGGUGCUCUCGGUGGCGCCUGUCCUGGGGCUCAUCCCUACCAUUGUUCGCGAUUACACCAACUUCCGAGAGCUGUGUCUGGGCCUCAUCACAAUGGCAGCGCCGGGCUCCGCCCUCGGCCUGUUGCUGUACUCGACUUGGGUGGUCCUCCUCACCCGAGCGGCCAGUCUUGCGCUCCGCCCGGGCCUCUACCCGUGGCACGGGGUCACUGCAUGGGCAGCUUGGCUGACGCAUUUUCUCAUGAUGGGCACGCGAGCCGUGCUCUUCCCCGUCUUUGCCAGUUUGUUCACCCCGACUUGGUUGAAGCUGCUCGGCGCCCGCGUGGGCCGCAACGUGGAAGCGUCCACCGUGGUGCCCAUCCCGUCACUCCUCGACGUCCAGGACGGCAGCUUCCUCGCCGACGACGUCUUGCUGUCGCCGUUUGAGCUCGGCGGCUGCCAGGUGCGCAUCGGCACCGCAAAGGUGGGCGUCAAGUCCUUCAUCGGCAACUCGGCCAUUGUCGACCCCGACGUCGAGGUCCCGGACGGCGUCCUGAUCGGCGUCUUGAGCUCGGCCCUGGGCCCGAAACACAUGGGCGCCGGCUUCUCCUCCGGCUCCUCGUGGCUCGGCCGGCCACCCAUGGCCAUACCGCGCCGCAUCACCACCAUCGUGGACCAAAGCCGCACCUUCGACCCCCCCGCCCGGCUGGUCCUGGCCCGGGCCCUCGUCGAAUCCUGCCGGCUGCUCCCGCUCCUCCUCUCCGGCAUGAUUUCCACCCUGUCCGGCAUCGCCAUGCUCUACAUGCUCAUCACCUUUGGCGUCGGCUGGGCCGUCCUGGCCAGCGGCGCACUUCUCCUGGCAUCGGCGCUCGCCGCGUGUACUCUCGCCACCCUGGCCAAAUGGCUGCUGACGCCCAACAUCCGCCCCGGCCACCAGCAUCCGCUAUGGAGCUCCUUCGUCUGGCGCAACGAGCUCGCCGACACCUUCGUCCAGUCCCUCGCCGUGCCCUGGUUCGUCUCCUUCUGCUACGGCACGCCCUUUCUCAACAUGUGGAUGCGCUCGCUGGGCGCCAAGAUCGGCCGCGGCGUCUGGCUGGACAGCCACCUGCUUCCCGAGGCCGACCUCAUCACGCUCGAGGACGGCGCCACCGUCAACCGGGGAUCCGUCCUCCAGACGCACCUCUUCCACGACCGGCUCAUGCGCCUCGACAAGGUCCACCUCGAGCCGGGCGCGACGCUCGGCCCCUACGCCAUCUCGCUCCCGGGCACGACCAUCGGCGCCGGGACGACCAUUGCGCCCACGUCUCUCGUCAUGCGCGGCGAGCACAUCCCGCCCGGCACGCGGUGGCAUGGAAACCCCGUCCGGCCGUGGAACGUGGAAAAGGACCAGAGCCCGAGCCCCAGCUCUAGCUCGGACAGUGACUCCCUGCCCCCGGUGUGA